UGUCAGGCGUCAUCGAUACUAUGAAGAGCUCGAUAGUCGCGAGUCGCGAUUGUUACUCGGAAAAAAGAAGAAGAAUGGGGGAUGGGGACGAUUUAACUAGUCAGGCUAUUGCCGAGCUCAUUCGAGAAAUAGGGGGUGGAGAUCCCAGGUCAUCCAGUGGAGUGCAAGAGCGAAAGGUGAAUCCUCUGGGCAAGCCAAACAAACGAUUUCUGGGGCGAACCAUUAAGACUGCGCUGCGCCAUAACCAGCGGGAAAGUGAGCGAACUCAGGCCGAAUGCCAGCGAAAGUUAAAGGACUUGGAUGAAAGGCACGAGAAAAGGAAAUCCAAUUACUAUUACAACCGAGAUGCGGGCAGACAUCGGAACAGAAGCAGCAGCUCAAGCCGGAUCCGAAACCGAAGUCCGUCCAGGAAGGUGAAAAAGCGACGCAGCAGUAGCAGAAGGAGUGGCAGCAGCAGCAGCAACAGAAGAAGUCGCAGUUACAGUCGAAGUCGUCACCAUUCGCACAAGAAGAGAAAACAUGAAAGUAAACAUAAACGGCGCAAAAAAACCAAGUUCAGGCGAAGGAGCCGUAGUAGCAGCAGCAGUAGCAGCCCAGAAGAGCUACCAGUACCCACCGUGACAGGAAUAUCAUCAUCAGAAUUAUUUUUUCACCAAUCCAAGCAAAUGGCACUAGCCGUGGCCAUGGCAUACAGCCACGGAGCCAACGGAGCCCCACAGAAUGGAAGAAAUCCCAACGAUCGAGCGUCUUCUUCUCUCAGUGAUUUAGAUAUAGCCAGGGAGCUAAUGUCUGACGAUGAGCAUGGAAAUCCAGACUCCCCACUGAUUGAAUCCCUGUCCAUAUCAUCACGCUAUAAUAGACGAGAGCUGCUAACCAUCAAUGUUAGUUCGAGUUCUGCAGAGAGUAGGGGUACAGAAUCGGAUCCAGGAGAUGUCGCUGGCAACUUCAUAGUCCUGGAUGAUAGUACAACCGAAUUGGAGUCCGGCCACAACAGUGAUAUAGAAAUAAUCAAAGAAUGCCGACUAGAGCAAACAAACGAGGAACCUGAACAAAGGCAGCAUCAAGCAGCUGCAUGUUCUGCCAUCGACUCCGUGGACCUGACUGAAGAUUAGCUUGUUAAUAACUAAGUUUAAUGUUUUACCGAAAGAGGUGACUAUUGUGGGAAAAGAGAUUACUUCCACAACAGUCAAGACUAUUUACUCUAUGGAUUCUAAACAGACAAUAUAUGUGUGUAUGUAGAAACAGAGGGUUGCUUUGAGGAAAAAUAUUUAUUUUCGCAUUAUUUAAGGAAAAAUUGUUUAAA